GUAUUGUUCUUACAACAAAAUUUUCCCGACGUAUGCAAAGCUAUGAAAUGGAUAGAAGAGAACGAGAAUUUAUUUGAAGCACGCGUUUAUAAACCUAUUAUGCUUGAGAUAAACGUCCGCAACCCUGAUCACACCAAAUACUUGGAAAAUACAAUAAUGUUCCGUGACUUCCAGGCCUUCUCUUGUGAGAGCAAAAAUGAUAUGAGUCUUUUAAUUAAUGAGCUAUGUAUUAAAAGGAAAUUAACUGUAAAUAUAGGUCACGCUCCAUCGGAUGCAAAAUUUUUGCCUGUUAUUCCAAUAAUAAAUCUUCGCCCAUACGGCUUCGACGCUUAUAUGAUCGACUUGAUAGGUGGGCCCGAUGCAGUAUUAGGUUACUUAUGUUCUUUAUACAGAUUGCACAACAUUCCAAUCGGCGGUAAUGAAGUUAAAGAGUUUAUCGAGCAAAUUCCUGAGCCAAUUACCGUUUAUUUUGGUGCCAAUGUACGUUACAACGUGAGCAUUUCCAAGUAUAGUGGAGAAAAAAUCUUUUCCCAAGUGCAAAUAGAAUGUAGAAAUAUUCUCCCCAGUAUAGAUGUGCCACAAAUCGAGCAGAAAAAACAUAGACUAAGCGAACUUGGACGGGCGAUUGAUAAUUUACGAAAUCAAAGAAGUUCAUUGGAAGCGGAAAUGCGAGAAAAAGAAGUAUUAUAUAAAGAAAAGAAGGAUAAAUUAAGUGAGAUAAGGAGUCGACAAUACGAACUUAACCGGAAGAUGGACGAGAUUCGCAAGUGUAAAGAAAGAGUUACUGACUUAAAAAAUCAGCUAAAAGAUCGUGUCCUUGAAAGUGAUUUAAGACGGAAUAUAGCAAAAUGUUUAAACGAACUUCUUCGCUGCCAAGUGGGAAGAAUUCAAGCUUUAAGUUCACUCCAAAAAGCUGCU